AUGAUAAAAAUUUUAGAAGACAACAUAUUACAAUGGACCUUUGAUUUGAACGGUUUAUGUGGAUAUAUCAAUAUAGUAGAAGUGUCUGAUGACAUUGACUACGACAUCCAGACAGAGAGAUCAUGUCAAAAAAAGGAAUAUGGACACAUUUGUAAAUGCACAGACGGUGUAUCUUGUGAAGAUGGUAUUCAUGUUGAGAAGAAUUACCUUACAUGGAAUGCAGCCAAUGAAACUUGUACUCUUAUCAAAGUUAACCAUGAAAGUUUUACAUCGAUCUAUAAUGCCAUCAAUGACCGAGACGCAUACUGGAUUGGUUUAAGACGUUUCCGAUACAUCGGCUGGGUUGGACGUGAUGGGAGUAUCGAUGUACCCGAUACGGAUAGCAAUGGCUGUGUGUGGGCUGAACGACUUGGAAAUGGCUCUGUUGUGUUUGGUAUUAUCGGAUGUAAAAGGAAAUAUAAGCCAGUCUGCACUGAAGAUGCCAUCUCCAACAAAAUAUCUACUUCUUACAGCACCAGUGACCAGACUCCAGUGCCAAGCACAGCUCGAAAUACAGAGAACUAUUCGAAAUCUUUAUCAGACACACAGACUCAGCCUGAUGGAGCCGUCAUUGGCGGAAGUGGCGCUGCCGCAGUUGUCGUGAUCUUGGUGUUGGUUCUGUUGGCCAUGAUUUGGAUGAAAAGGAGAAAACGUGUUUGCUUUAAAGACAAAUCACCUGACCCUGAUACCCGUCAUGUGACUUCAAAUCAGAAUGUCUAUGAACUGUCUGACGACCACAAUGUCGAUUCUGAUUACUGCGAUAUCAACGACCGCCCUGAUGAGGCAGAUGCCGACUCUCUGAAUAACAGGAAUGGAAGACAGCAUUACGAAUUUGAACAAGGAUCAGCAGAACCACAACUUGGGGUAUCAGGAGCGAAAGACGAACCGUAUGAAUUAGCUAUGGAUCCCAGGAAAGUGAAUGCAGACGGUGAAGGUGAUUAUGAUGAGUUACAUGACAGCAGCCACAACAAAGGUGAACAGUGGAGCGGUGCUGACAUAUACAGUCACAUCCACGGUGGAGAUGGUCGUGGACGUUAUGACCCGUACGACAGAACCACCUCCGUGAAGGACAUGUCUCCACCUGACGCAACGUACAGUCAUAUUCACAGCAAUCGUGGGGUUGAUGACGCUGACACGUACGACAGCGCAGCACCAGUUGAAGUAGUUUCCACCCUUGACACGACAUACAGCUAUGUGGUUCCCAGUACACUGGGUAAUGAAUGACUAGUGACACCUAGUCACUCUCCACGAGUACUCGAGUACUCGGGCACGGGCCGAGUCUAGCAGUAUUCAAGUCCAUUCAAAGAAGGAAAAAAUGAUUUUUUUAAAUUAUUUAACAACGCAAUCAACACAUUUUAUUUACGGUUAUAUGGCGUCGGACAUAUGGUUACGGACCACACAGAUAUUAAGAGAGGAAA